GGAUUGGAUCCCGCUAAUUACCUCACCUUACCGGGAUUUGCCUGGGAUUCGCUGCUGAAAAUGACGAAGGUGUCCCUUCAUCUCAUUUCCGACAUUGACAUGUUCAACUUCAUUGAGCAUGGCAAAAGAGGUGGCAUAAGCAUGGUGUCCGCUAGACACGCCACCGCCAACAACAGAUAUCUAUCGGAGUACAAUCCAGACGAGCCGUCAAGCUUCAUCCAAUAUUUAGAUGCGAACAAUCUAUAUGGAUGGGCCAUGUCUCAACCCUUGCCCGUGUCGGACUUCUGCUUUGAAGCAGUGACGGAUGAUCUUCUGGAGACGGUACUCGAUCAUCCAAUGGACUCUUCGACGGGAUACAUGGUGGAGUGCGAUUUAAGGAUUCCAGAUGGUGUGCAUGACAUGAUGAAUGAUUAUCCGUUGGCUCCUGAGAAGAUGAAGGUGACACGAGAUAUGCUUUCUCCAUAUCAGACCCACAUGGCAGAGAAACUAAUGGUGACCGGUUUGGAAGCGAAGAAACUGGUACCAAAUCUACUGGUGAAAGAGCACUAUGUUCUGCACUACAGAAACUUGCAGCAGUAUGUGUCCUUGGGUGUGGAGAUUACAGAUGUGCAUCGUGUGCUCUCCUUCACACAACACCCAUGGAUGAAGCCAUACAUCGACACUAAUACUGACCUGAGAAAGCUAUCAACUUCUGAUUUCGAGAAAGACUUCUAUAAGUUGAUGAACAAUGCUGUAUAUGGCAAGACCAUGGAAAACGUUCGAAACAGAGUAAACAUCAAGCUCAUUCGUGAACAGGAUGAAAAACCACGUCUCCAGAAAAGCAUCAACAAACCUUCGUACAUCCGCAGUGUAGCCUUUGAGAACGAUCUGAUAGCAAUCGAGUUUGCCAGGACAAAGGUGACUCUCAAUAAACCCAUUUAUGUGGGUACAGCCAUCCUCGAUCUGUCGAAGCACUUGAUGUAUUCCUUUUACUAUGAAGUUCUCCUACCCCGCUAUGGACAAAAUGUACGUUUGCUCUACACUGAUACUGAUAGUCUGAUCGUACAUAUUCAAACGGAUGAUCUGUACACCGAUAUGUCAAACAACAUAACAGCCUAUGACACAUCCAACUAUUCACCAUCCCACCACCUGUACAGCACGGUCAACAAGAAGGUGGUAGGGAAGUUCAAGGACGAACUAGGUGGCAAACCCAUCAAGGAGUUCAUUGGUUUGCGGAGCAAGAUGUACGCAUACCGCUGUGAAGACAACGACGACAAUGGCAAGCGUGCCAAAGGUGUGCAGAGAAGCGUGUUGAAAAACACCAUAACCGUCGAUGAUUAUCGAACAUGUCUCGUCGAGGAGUCUCAGCUGAAGAGAACAAUGAAUGUUCUUCGAAGUCGACGACAUUGCAUUCACGGAGAGGAGCUACACAAGAUUGCCCUCUGUGGAUUCGACAGUAAGCGUUACAUUCUGGAGGAUGGUAUCAACACCCUGGCAUUCGGACACAAGGAUAUUCCAAAGCACUGAGGGAUUUCCACACAUACUAGAGCAUAUGUCAUAUCUUCUCAUGAAAUACAUUGUAAAUACUAUGCGAUUCAUAAUAUUCACGUUAAUCCAAAGCAUGAGCUACAUUGUACAUAUGAAAUGCUAAUACUUUUUGAGAUCAUUCACAUCCUUCUUUGUUAACCAGGUAUGGAAUUUUUCGUCUUGAUAA